AUGGGAACAACGUCGGAAGGGCGACAAGGCGUAUGCCUGCUAUUUUUGUUGAUUUUUAUUGUUAAACUUGUUGAUUGCCAAGAUGAUUAUGGGUGCCCAUCGCAAGAGAAAAUUUUACCAUGCAGAUGUUCUAUGAGGGAUAUGGAAUAUCAAAUAUGGUGUAGCCACAGUGAAUUACCAAAAGUACUUGAAGGCUUAAAAGCAGUAAUGGACGAGUUGAUCCUCGAAAAUAAUAAUUUACCAAGUUUACCUGGAAAAGUAUUCACAAAUCUACGGGUGUUGCGCCUAAUGUUACGGAACAAUCAUUUGGAGCGAGUGUCUUCAGGGUGGUUAGACGGUUUGCACGAUUCUCUGCUAGAAUUAUUUAUCGUCGAGCCGGAAUUGCGGUCAUUACCCAUUGACAGUUUAGACAAUCUCAUGGGUCUUGAAGCAAUUACCCUGCAAAGUAGAUCAAUGAAACGUUUGCCGAGAUUAUCAAGUUUAACAAAACUUCGUUACCUUCAAGUAAAUUCACUAACCUUACUCGAGUUGUCGCCGAUGAAUUUCCGCGAUUUACCAAAUUUAGAGCAACUACAUGUAUUUGGUAGCCCGAAAUUGAUGCGCUUGGAAGCUGGGCUGUUUAAAAACUUGCCAAAAUUGGCGCUGAUAAAUAUAACCAGCUGUGGAAUUGUUUGGAUUCAUCCACGUACAUUUGUUGAUCUUCCAGAAUUGAGGGAAAUAUCAUUCGAAGACAACAAGAUUCCCGAUGCUGCAAUAGUCGGUCGCGCUAUGAUAGACCUACCAGUAUUGUCAGUGAUUCGUCUAAACAGCAAUAAAAUAACGCGGUUACAAGAGGAAGCGUUUAUAAAUUUACCAUCAUUGAGCAGACUCUAUCUCACCGGAAAUUUCAUAACUGAAAUAUUUCCCGGAGCUUUUCAGAUGCUACCAGUUUUACGUGUAUUGGAUUUGAACUACAAUCUGAUUAGCAGAGUACAUCCAGAUUUUUUCAUCCAACGCACUGGUAGUACUUUAGAGGAGCUAUGGGUAAUGGGCAAUCGAUUGAAUCAUGUAAACGAACUUCGUGCUAUCCUAGAAGCUUUGCCUCGAUUGAAGUUUCUAGAUGCUUCUUACAAUCAAUUUGAAGAGAUUCCAUUCGGUACUCUGAGAGGCCAUCCAACUCUCGAGCGUCUUCACCUUGAUCACAAUAGACUCACUUUUUUGCAGCGAGAAACAUUUUCAGCAAUGCCAGCCUUAAGAGAAUUGAGGCUUAGAAAUAAUUCACUGACUAAUCUUCUAGAGGCUCCCUUUUGGAAUUUACCUGGAUUAAAAGGACUUGAUUUAUCUGAAAACUACUUCAGACAUGUCGAACCAGCACUUUUCGAAAAUUUGCCGAAUUUACGUAGACUCGAUCUGAGUGGCAACGGAAUAGGAAUGAUAGAACCAGAGACUUUUUUGAAUGUACCAGCUCUGGAGUAUUUAAACUUAUCCCACAAUGCUAUCUCUAUAAUCCAUCCUAUGACAAUGAGACACUUAUCAAGUUUAUACGAACUGGACAUCGGUUGGAAUCGGCUUAUCGAAGUGGUACCAGGUUUGCCGAAGAACAUAGAGCAUCUUCAUCUGCCGAUGAACCGCAUCGUCAUGUUGCCAGCAUUAGAAAAUCAAGACUUGGUACUUCCGGCCCUAAGAUCACUAGAUUUGAAUGCCAAUGGCAUUGAAAGAGUCUUACCCGGGACCUUGAGCGAGCUGCCUAAUUUGAAGAAAUUGAAGCUAGGUUACAAUGCGAUAAGAGUGAUUGAAGAAGGGACCUUUGAUCGACUUGCCAGGCUCGAGCAGUUGGAUCUUAGACACAACCGUAUUAUGUCUCUUCAUGGUAGAAGUUUUAAACCCCUUAGAAUGCUGAUGGACUUAAAUUUGAGGGGCAAUAGAUUGGAACUUAUACGACCUGAUAUCUUUGGUGACAACGUUGAGCUUCAGCUGAUUGAUUUGGCGAGAAAUAAUUUAGCUCAAAUUCCUCACACGAUAUUUUCUUCCACACGAAAUCUAAAGGAACUUCACAUGUCUUAUAAUACAUUAACGGAGCUACCUGGGUCAUUACACGGACUCACCUCACUUGAAUUUCUCGAUUUGAGUUUCAAUAAAUUGACCGCAUUAUCUUCUGACACGCUGAGCAGUCUAACGUCACUUCUCGAGUUAAAACUCGUGAGAAAUAAAAUAAAAGAGUUACGUGAGGGAGCUUUCAAUCGGUUGCCGCGAUUGAGUUUUAUCGAUCUCGAGAAUAAUGAUUUGAGAAUGAUCCCAACAGGAGCGUUUACCGAUCUUCCGAUGCUGCAGAGCGCUGAAAUGCAAGAAAAUCGAAUUCAAGAGAUUGCAAUCAAUGCAUUCAUAAAUGUGCCAAAUCUUUUGUUUUUAAAUUUGAGCUACAAUCUUUUACCGAGCUUGGAACAUGCAGGAAUAUCUAAUUUACGAUCACUUGAAGUACUCGAUCUUAGUCACAAUCGUUUAACUCGUGUGUCGAGUGAAAAUCUUGCUACUUUAGAGUGGUUAGUUGAAUUAAAAAUGGAUAACAACCGUAUUUGUGGAAUCCAAGGCUCACCAUUUGACAACAUGCCGAGAUUAAGAGUACUGAGUAUGAGAAGUAACCGAAUGUCAUCAAUAUCCGAGAAUGUAUUUAAAAGACUUCGAUCCAACAUAGCAGUUUUGGAUAUAGACGGAAAUCCACUGUCUUGUUCUUGUGGUAUGAUUUGGCUGAGAGGAUGGCUACAGCAAUCGUCGUCAGAAGGUCCACGUUGUGCAGAUGAUUACGGAGAAGGAAAACCUCCACCAGCCUGGAUGAAUGCCCAUAGCCCAUCAAAAUUAACUCAGAAUCCAGACUAUUACUACGAUGACUAUCCAGAAAAUGAACAAAAUAUGACUCAAAGUUUAGCAAAUAAAUUAAGUAAUGACAAUCAUCCAACAUUAUCAAAUAUAAAAACAGGCCCGAUUAAAAUAAUUCAAACGACAACAUCAAUGUCGAAACCAACGAAUGGAAAUUUAACCAAGAAAAAAAAUCCACUACCUCCAUCGCCGAGCAGCUCAGGUUUUACAUUUUUCGGAGUACCUUUACCGAAUUUGAACUUUAAUCUCUGGAGCUCGGGAAAGAAAUCCCAGCGAAAAGAAGACGGAAGACCUCGAAAUAGAUACCGCACAUAUCCAACUAUUGAACCGGAAAUGCACAAAGGAUUCAAUCCUUUGCCAGAGCCUCAAAGAGGUUUCCGACCCAUUGUCAAUCCGCUGAUUAUGCUUGAAAGAAAGAAAAAUGAUACCAUAAAUCACUCUGCGACUAUCACUCGAGUUUUUCCUGUUAAAAAAAAUAAUGUCAGUAUUAGUGAUAAUAAUAAUAAUAAUAAUAAUAAUAAUAAUAAUAAUAAUAAUAAUAAUAAUAAUAAUAAUAACAGCAAGAUAAAUAAUAAUAGUAACAAUAAUAAUAAUAGCAGUAGUAGUAAAAAAAAUGAUGAAGUUUAUAAUAUUAAAAGCGAUACUUCAGCAUUACCAAGUGCUACAAACCCACGUAGAGUACCAUCUUUCUCUAAAGAACCAUCAAGUUCUCUAAAAAAUGACAAUACAACAGAAAGUAUUCCAUUGGUAUUUCACACAACUGGUUCUACAUUAGUAAAAACAUCUACAACUGAUUCGACAUCAGUGAAAACAUCUACAAGAUACAGUAAUAUUGAACUCGAUGAAGAUUCUGAAGAAAGUGUUUUCUUGGAUGGUAAAGUAGCCAGUCGAAUAGUGUGGACAACUCCUGCUUCAAAUAUUAAUCACACUACGGAAGAAAAUUUAACAACAUUAUUUACUUCGACUGAAAAAGAUGAACAGACUGAAAGUGAUCAGGACAUUUUCUGGAAUUCAGAGGACUUGGCAUCGCUUCCGAAACCACUAAGAACCACUCCUAUGUCUAACAUGAUGUUGAAUGAUUUUAUUUCAGCGACGAGUGAAAAUUCAUCCACUGAUACGGUGGAAGUAACGACUUUGAAAACUCGUCUGUUAGCUCAGACUUCUCGUGCACUUGAACCCUCUGCACUGUCAGCAUUCUUAGUUCCAGGUGGACAAGUUCCUGCGAGCACAGUAUCAGGUCCAGGAUUUGUUGUGAAACCACUGGGAAGAUCUACUAUUGAAAAAGUUCAAGCUCCUUUCGCAUCUAACAUCACUCGUGCUGGAAAAGUAAAGUUAUCUAAUGACACCAGUGAAAGCGGUAAAUUAGCAUACGUAGAUCCAGUUAAAAAGUCCACGAAAAAUAGUUUGAAAAUUCUUGAUGAAAAUGAUCCUUUCAAUUGGUAUUAUCAAAAUUAUAACAAUACCAAUUUAGAACCUUACAUGGGUGAAGUCUACACCAGCAGCGCGAUGACAAUGAUGAAUAAAACGCCAACGAUAAUAAUUGUGUCCUUGAUAUCUCUUAGUAAAUGCUCUACACCGACUUCUUCAGCUUCUUCAGCACCAAUUUCACUGGGAAUAUGCUCAAAAGUUUUCGAUGUGGGUGAUCCAUCCUAA